AUGCAUGGACAUGCAGAAGUGGAAAAGCAUUCAAAUAGAGCGCCAUCGAACGAGCAUCAUGAAGAGAGCCGAGAAAUUAUUCCAUACCAGUCGUUACCGGGUUUAUCGGAAAAACCCUCAGAAUCGGAAAAAAGCGAUUCCAAGAAGGCAGAAGAUUCCGGAUCGAUUCAUGAUGUCGAAGAUAUUGCUUUAAGUUGUGCAGCAGCAAGCGAAAAGGUGCAACCAUGUAGCACCCAUGCUCGAUGCAUUGAUUAUAAUCCAGGCUAUUGCUGUGAAUGUUUGCCGGGCUACUAUGGUAAUGGAGAGGAAUGUUUGAAAGAUGGCGAACCCCAGCGAAUUAAUGGUGGAUUUGAGGGCGUAAUAAAUGGUGAAGCGAUGCAGCGGACUGAGCUUCACACCUAUGUGGUAGUGGAAGAGGGACGAAGUUACACGGCGCUCUCACAAAUUCCCGCUCAUCUCGGACGAUCGUUAUUACUGCUGAAUUCAAUUGGCGGCGCUAUGGGCUGGUUAUUCGCUAAGGUUUUUAAAAACAAAUAA